AUGUCGGAAACGAGGGUUGAACCAGUUGCCCCGGCGAGGACUGCCGCGGCUCCUCCUACGCAGCCUACAGCACCACCGAAUGCCCAGUCUGGUCCAAUGCUUUACCAGCCUUACCCGUACGCGCAACCACCAUUUUCUCAGCAGCCUCGAAUCAUACCAUUCAACAAGACACAUUACUGGGCCAAGAUUGGCUUGACGGCUGCUUCAUUGGUCUUUUGCGUCAUUCUGUUGGGCUUAUCCGUGGCCAUAUCCAUUGGCCCAGGUUACGAUUCUUGGAACAUCACCAUCUAUUGGAUUGGUCCACUCAUUGGCAUUGCGGGCUGUUGGGACAUUGCCGAGCUGAUCACCUUGUUUGGUUGCGGCAAGCGGCAUGGUGGGCAAUUCCGCCGUGGUAUUCAUCCCGGAGCACACGUAGGCGUCAAUCUCAUCCUGUGGCUGUUGGGAAUCAUCUGCAUUUUUCUCUCCGUCUUGUCAUACGUCACAGCAAGAUCGCAGCUGGCGAGUUGUCAAGAAGCAAAGGACUCGGACUCUUCGACCAGUUACUACGGUUACUACUACUAUUACUGCGACGACGACGAAUACUCGAUGCUGUCUUCUGGCCUCUACAUUCCCGCCCUCCGGGCAAUUGAGGCUUUCGUUGCCCUAUUGACUCUUGACCAUUUCAUCUUCUUCGUCCUGGCCUGCAUCGAGACUAACCAAAGAAACAAGUCUCGGGCUGCUGUCAUGAUGAUGCCCCCACAAAUGUAUUACAACCCAGGCAUGGCUCCGUAUGGCUACCCAAUGAUGCCUCCUCAGGCGUACAUGGGACAGACGCAGCAAAUUGGCCAGAUGGAGAAGUCGCCGGCCGCAGCAACACAUCCUCAAACGGCCAACCCCGGCCCCGGAGGGUAUUACGCUCCUGCAGCACCGGUGGCCGCGCAACGAACACCCGAGACGCCGUUACCGGCAGCAGCACCGGCAGCAGCACCGGCAGCAGGAAGCAGUGCAUGA